AUGAAGGAGGUUGUGGAGCCCUUGAGGAAGCCAACUGCCUCGGCUGACGAAGGAGGUUAUGUUCUUCAGUCGUUUGAUGGAGGACCUGACUGCGUGUUUCAGAUGUAUUUGGAGGACCUGAAAGUUGAAGCUUCCAAGAUUGAGAACCCGUCGGCUCUGCUUCCACAUCAGAUCAUACCCUAUGUGAACGAUGAGGAUCUCGGGCAAGUGGCUGAGCUUCAGUGGAACGCAAUGCUGGGGGACAUGAUCAAGGGCACAUGCACAGGCAAAACUAAGAAAAAGAAGAAGAAUUUGAACAAUAGCUUGGCUGUUUGUGAUGUCUGCCCCUCAAGAAUGAGUGGAUCCUCCGCUGACGUAUCGGUGGGCUUGGGACUGUUAGUGUCUGAACUGAGUGAAGAGCCGGCAUGGAAAGGAAAGGUGAUCAACUUCAGCCGAAACCCUCGUCUGCAUUCCAUACCACAAGGAGAUGGCCUCAAGCCCAAGUGCGACUUUUUGAGGAGGAUGGACUGCCUGGAGGGGGAGGUUGAUAUUCAAAAGGUGUUCGAUUUGAUUCUGCAAGUUGCUGUGAAAGGGAAUUUGAAGCCGGAACAGAUGAUCAACAAGGUGUUUGUGAUCACCAGCUGGCUACACUAUGACUUGAAUUGGGCACAUCCAUGGGAGAGUGAUUAUGAGGCAAUACAGAGCAAGUUCAAGGAAAAAGGGUACGGGGAUGUGGUACCACAGAUAGAGUUUUUGAGUAUGGAGGUUCCAUACAGGAAUGACAAGUUGGUCGAGUGCUUCUUGGACACUGAUGGGGAAAUGGAAGGGGAUCCCAAAAAGACCAUGGAAGCAGACAUCUCUGCCCUACCCUAUCAAUUUCUGGUUGUAGUGGACUGA